CAUCAGUUCCUUUGAUGAACUACGAUUCGAGUGAUCUUGGAUCACCGAUCCUGAUCCAUCCUUACGAUUUCCCGUAAGGCAAGAGCUUCGACCGAGUCUUCUCGCGAUCACCACUGAAGCUUGGCUGCAUAGUUAUUGACACACUUUGAAAACAUGGCGGUAGAAUAUGUACACAGCUGAAUCUUCCUUUUAUAUAAUUUUAUAGUGCUGAAUAAGUAUACUCUCUUACCGACAACAGGAGUAAAAAACAUAGUAUAUGAAAAUAAUUAUGUCAGAUCGCUGGGGUAGCCUACGAGAUCGGUUCAAGACAAAGAAUAUCGAUUUAGAUGCCGAAUUUGAAAAAUUCCUAAAUGAGUCCAUGUCAGAUGAGUCUUCCAUAGGCUCUCCUCGUGUGAAGGCUCCUGAUUUAAAAGCAAAACCUAGAGAUGCCCAGUUGCCAUGGUGGGCAGAGGAAGAUGAUGAGGAUGAUAACAAGAAAAGAGAAGCUGCUCGACAGAGCUGGAUAAAACCAAAGACUUCCAAACCAGAAGUAAACGAGUCACAACCAGAUGUUGUUGAUCAUGCUUCCACUCCAGCAGUUGCCACACCACAUAUACAUCCUGAUAAAGGUCCUAUGACUGCCCUGUCCACUGGAAGUUACGUUGAUAGCUCAGCUUUGUCGAUCAGUAGGGACAGCCUUGAGGAAGGUCUAGCAAAGUCCACAGAAAGGACAAAACCACCACCUGAAGAAAUACUAAAAAGGCUUGGAUCAGAAGACUUUGAAGACACUUUCUCCUACAGUGGUGAACCAACAGGAACAUCUGUCAGUCCUGUCUCACCGGUUCCUCAAUCAUUCACUGCCAAACCUACUGACAAGGGACUGGAUACUAUGAAUGAGCUAGCAGACAAGGAAAAGUUCUUUCAUGAUGUCGAGGGUGGAGCAUCACCUGUUGAUUACAACAAAAAACUUGGUGAAAUGUCAACUUCCUAUUCUGUUACUGGGAAUACACAAAAUAGGUGGGAUGAUGCGAGAUUUCAAGCCACUGGAGCUGAACUGGGGGAUUCAAUAUUCAACAUGACAGGGGCCUCAGGUAAAAUAAACAAUGCUGUCGAAGAAGUGGUCAAAGGGCAGGAGAAGGGAGAAUACGAAGGAGAAGAUGAAGGAGAAGAAGGAGAAAAAGGUGGAGAAGAAUACAGUGACAAUUUUGAGGAUGCCCAGAGCCCCAAAGAGCUUGACACUGAAGAAACUGAAGAACCACAGAGACCCUCAGCUCCGGAACCCACUGAAGUAACCAAACCAAGUAUGCUGUCAAAAGUUUCUUUGAUGGAGUCUUUGGAUUCUACUCUGGAAAGCAAGAGACCUGCUGCAGCUCUUAAUCUUCUAUCACAACACAGAAAACCACAAGUUGCUAUCUCUAGUGAAGUAUCUAGUAAAGAAACGCACGCAAGUCCCAAGUCUGAUGAAAGACAAACGUCCAUGUUGAGACCAGGACGUGAUUAUGAGGCGAGUGGAAGCACAAGAGAUAUUCAUGAACUGCAGGCUGCACUUCAAGCUGCUCAACUCACUGCUACUGAUACAGGACCUAAAUACUCAGGUAAUUUCGAGCUUCCUCCAGCUGUUGCAGUGAUUCAAGGUGUGGAUCAGUCAAGGACUGGGCAGAUUGUGAUCGAGAAAAACGACCAAGGUGAAACACGUGCGCGGGGAUUCGAUCUUCAGCCGGUUAUUGUGACGGAUGAUUGGAGUGCUGCUGAUGACAGUGUUAACAUGGAAACCAAGCAAGGAAAGCUCAGCUCCUUUGUUUCGGCUGAGAACGACGAAAGAGGGUUUGGUUUGAAGCCCGUAGGAUCAUUGCCUGUUGACUUGAGUGUUGAUUCAUCUGUCGAUGAGACGGACAGGAGACUUGCCUUAAGUAGGUUGGAGUCGCGAGGAAUUGACUUGACUCCUUCUGUUGCUACACAUAAAGAGGGACGAGGUUUUGAUUUACAACCAGCAGACGAUGCUGCUGGCUUCACUCUGCAGCCAGCAGCAGAGGCAAGAGGCUUGGAUCUGAAGCCUGCUGUCGCUUCCUCGUCGGGUUUCAUGGAGGGGCGCGGAUUUGACCUGCAGCCAGCUGAGGAGAGGCAUGGGUUUAGCUUGCAGCCUGUCGCUAACUUGCUACAAGCUGACCAAGAGGGAGCAGAGGCGGAGGACGACGAUGACGAUGACACGCCUCCCCCGGAAAGUUUGCAGAGUAUUAAGAGUAUAGCACGCGCUAGGAAGAGUGCAGGAGGGGAGAGUGUCAAGAAAGGUACUGAGGCGAGUGUCACGACUAAGAAAACAUCGAAAAGUAGCAAAGAAAAACCCGUCAAGAAAACCACGGCAAAACCACAGCAAAAGAAGGAAAAGGGAAAGGUCUCCAGCAGUCCUGUAGACAGAAGUAAUCUGUUCAAGCCUUCUCCUUCAUCUGGCCCGUCCUGGUCACCAACUCCCACCAUGAGAGGAAGUAAAACAAAGACUAAGAAAUCCUUAGGUGCUAGUAAAAAACUUCAUCUUGAAAGCCCUGCGCUUCCAAAAACGGCCGACUCGAGUCCUUCGGCUAAGCAACUUGCCGCGUCUGUAGAAUCAUUCGCAAAUUACCUAAAACACAUUGUCCGCCCUGAUAAUGAAGAAAUCGAACCACCGCCGGCGAGAUGGUCCGACGAUGAGCCCGCAAGAUCGGUUUCCCGAACAUCCUUCCGAAGACCCUCCGACGAGCACCGACUUUCACGCGAACGAGCUUUGCAAGCCGAGAUAGAGAAUUGGCAGCUUGCUUGGAAGGACGAGAAAAAACGAAACGACAAGUUGAUUGCCGAUAUGGCGUCCCGUGAGAAGGAAUGGUCCAGGCGAGAGGAGAAGUGUCGUCUUGAUUAUGAAAGUGAAAUCCACGAGCUUAAACAAGAACUGUUUGUUGUGCAGGCCAGACUCAACGAGACGGAGAAAGAAGCUGACACGAGAAAACGAGUAGCGGCAGGAGGGAGCCUUGAGGGUGCAUCUGCAGAGGAAGUGAAGAGAAUGGAGAAAGAAGUUCGCGAGCAGGAGCAACUGUUAGCAGGAUAUCAACAAGAAAAUGAACGGCUUUAUAAAGAACUCAAACAAAUGCAAGCCAAGGAAAAGGCUAACGAGGCUAGAAUGUUUAGUGAGAACCAAAAACUGGCAUCUGAACUCGCAAACCUGAAGGAAAAGAUCGAGCGACGAGAAAGCGGGGGGCUNAGUUUUAUUAAACAACUGAUUGUUUUCUGUUUUGCUUUGCCUUUCACCAGAACGAGAUUUAAUUGUAAAUUCUGCCAAUUCUUUGACAACAUAGUUUUUUUUUUCUUCUUGGUAGCAUCUGAACUCGCAAACCUGAAGGAAAAGAUCGAGCGACGAGAAAGCGGGGGGCUUGGGCCAGACUUGCCGGCUCCAGGCUCCGCCACACUAGGCGCGGAUAAAAUCUCUCAGCUGACAGCAGAGAUGAGGUCAUUACGGAGAAGAGUGACUGAGGUACAGGACGAAGCUGAUGAGCUGAGACGAGCAAAGCAAGAGCUGGAAACACGCAUCAGAGGAGUAGAGAAUGAGAGAGAUGUUGCAGUGAAGCAAAGCAGUCAAGUCUUAGGCUCAAACACCAGAGAAAUCACAGAACUUGAAAGUCGACAUGCAGCGGAGGUCGAGCGCUUGCGCACUAAGCUCAAAUGGUAUGCCGAGACCCAGGCCCUGCUUGACCGUGAUGCUCUGACGCUCAAGAAGAAAGAGGAAGAGAUUCAUGAGCUUAAAGAAACAGUUGCUCGGUUACAGGCUCAACACGGUCAGACAGUGGCCGAGAAGAAACAGAGGGGAGUGGAGAGAGCGACAGAUGCUAAGAGGAUACAGGACCUUGAACGACAGGUUCGUGAAAUGGAAGAGAUUAUUAAACGUCGGUACCCAAACUCCCUGCCUGCUCUCAUUUACGCGGCUGCCUCGGCACCAGGCCAGGCGCAGGCUGUAGCGACCGAGUCACCUCGCAAACAAUCUCCGACUUACGCAUUCCUCGAGAACCGAGUGAAAAAACUAGAGACAGAGCUCGAGGAGAAAGACGAGGAAGCCAGCAGGAGAAUACGUUGCGUAGAACAGAAAUACAAUUCUCUGAGGCUCGAUUACGAGGACAGGAUUAAAGAGUUGCAAAGGGAUUUACAAAGCGUGAAUGAGCGACACGAGAAAGCGGCUCGUUCAAACACGCGAGCUCAAAUUUUCGAGGAGGAACUGCAAAGAACCCGUGAAACGAAUGAUCAGAGAGUUAAACAGCUCCAGACUGAAAUUGAAGUUCUUCAGGAAGCUUUAUCCAAAGCAACAGCAAUAGACUCUUCUGGUGGAAAGACCAGUCGAAGAAAGCGACUUGAACUUGAAAAAGAAAAAAGUGACGAUUCAACUAACGCGAUUCAACUUCUUCAAGAUCAACUUGAAAAGAAGGAAUCUGAGUUGGAGACUAUGAGGCAGACGUGCAAUCGAUUGCAGCGCGAGAGAGAACAGAUGCUUGCUCACGAGGGUAAGCGAGUGGAACAGCACGCGAGCACCAAACCAGACCCACAAGUGGAAGAAUUAACAGAAGAAAAUAAGCGCCUUAAAGAGCGGGUCUCGCAGAUGUCGCUCGAUAUGGAUCAACAACGGGUUCGGUUUCAGGCCUCCCUAGCAGAGACCGAGCGAAGCGCCCGGCUCUCUCGCGAGGAGGCAGCUGACCAGUUAGCAAGUUUGCAAGCUCAGCACAAACGUGAAGUGGAUCAGUUGAAGGCCGGAUUUGCUGCUGAUCAUGGAUCUUCUAAAGUAGCGGAGCUUAAGAGUCAACUAGCGGGUCAGGAGAUUGUUAUUCAGAGACUUAAGGCCAAGAUGGCUGACGCUACUGUUAAUGCAGAAACCAUCGCGGCAACCAGGGUUCGUGAGGAAUCUCUCCAACAACAGGUUAACCAGCUUCAAGCAGAUCUGAGGCGCGCGAAACAGAUGUUCACUCCAGAAAUGAACCACUUCGACUCAUUGGAGACUAAAAUAAGUGCUCUUGAACAAAGACACUCUCAAAGAGAAGUAGACUUACAAAGGAUUAUAGAGAAAACGCACCUUACAGCAAAAAUUGAGAAAGAGGAAACGGAGGCAAGAUGGCGGCAAGUCGUUCAACAGAAGAAUCGAGAGAUCGAUAAAUUUCGGUGUGAACUGGACGCAAUUCUUGAAGUUCUAAGUGAACUGAAGCGUCAGGGUGUGGUCAUACCCUUUACCAGUGGAGAGGAAUUUGCUCCGUGAGAUAGCCCACUUAAAUUUCUCGACCGUGUGAUCCCCGGAGUAAAAUCACAAGUCAACUCCAACCUUGUCCCCAGGGCCUUCUCCUCGACGAUUUUCAAAAUGGCGGGACUAGAUUGAAGUCAACUGAUGUGUUCUAGUGCGUGAUGAGCGGUACUUCCGUGCUGUAUUACCAAUGGCGAGGAACAAAGUACUUCUAUCUUCUAAUAGGCCAUAUUCGUAUUCUCGAUAUUGACUGGAACCAGCUUGUAAUGGAGGCUGCAGGGGAAUAUCAUUAAAAAGAGAUUUAAAAUGUCAUUUACGGGAGAAAAAAUUCCCCGCAUUAGCCUCAGUUGCAAGUUAGUUCCAGUCCUAUACCGAGAAUAUGAAUGUGGUCUAUUCCCCGGAUGAAAGCCAAUGGGCCACUUCUGAGUUGCCUUUUGCUUCUAUGUCAAAUCGAGUGCGAAACCAUUCACAUGGAAAUAUGUUCCGCCUACAUGUUC